AUGUCGUGGAUGCUCGCCUACAUUGCGGUGUCGUUGAUCAGCAUAGCGGAGAUCUCUGCUGCACUCGAUGGACCGUCAACGCACGACAGUGUUUCACUAAAUCUUGUACGGAUGGCUACCAGUUUGACAAGACUCACCAUCAGCGAAAUCUACUCGAGAAAGGGUUCUGAGGACACACAGAUGGCAUCAGACCUCGACCAACACGCAAGAACAAUGCGUUCCAGCGAAUACAGCCCGUAUUCGAGCAAUCCCUAUGACCUCGGGCUCAUCAAUCAAUGCAGCUACCCUCAACUGCAUGCGUGCAAUUUCGAGAGCGGCUAUACUGUUCCCGAGUACGUAGCUCGCGCUCUUCAACAAUACAACGGUUUACUCAACGAGAUGCAUGAAACGAUUUCUUCAGUUCUGUCGUCCGGAUGCACCAAGUCUUGGAUGAACUUCAUGUGCAAAGCCACGGUUGGCCCACGAUGCAUUUCAAACACAACAGUUCGUUAUCAGACCAACAACUAUGACGUAAGUAUUCAAAUUCUGUAAUUUGAUAUCUAUGGCGCGUCAUGUGUGUCAAAAGUCGUUUCGUUGGCUCGUUGAUGUCGACUCGUCGGCUCGACGUCAUUGAUGUCAGCUGGCGGCCUCAGCGGUUGACUCAGAGCCAUAUAUAUAUAUAUAUAUAUCCUUUUUAAUUUUUUACUUGCAUUCUUAUUUAAAAAUUUUGUAUUUAUUAAAUUUAAAUUUUUAAUUUUUAUUUUUUUUAAAUUUUUUUAUUUUUUUGUAAAAUUAGUUUUUCA